AUGGAUUUCUAUGCGACCUCGCAAUACCCCGAGGGGGUGAUCAGCUUCCUCGAUACUGAUCUUUACAAACUAACCAUGCAAUGCGCCGUCUUGAAAUAUUUCUCCGAUGUGCGAGUAACUUACGCAUACAAGAAUCGAACGCCGGAGAAGAAGUUAUCGAGAGCUGCAUUUCGUUGGUUACAGCUUCAGAUUAGUAAGCUCGGUAAUAUUGCACUCAAGGACGAAGAAUUCCGAUUCCUCCAAAAUGCCUGUACCUACCUGAACCAACCUUAUCUUGACUUCUUGAAGGAGUUUCGACUGGAUCCGCGAAAUCAAGUUGAGGCUAGCUUCGUGGCAGAUGAUGAUAAGGGAGAAGAUGAGGAUUUGGGAGAGGUUCAUUUGGUAGUGAAGGGUUUAUGGGUUGACACUAUUCUGUAUGAAAUUCCAUUGUUGGCUUUGACCAGUGAAGCAUACUUUCGAUUUAUGGAUACGGAUUGGACAUACGAGGGCCAGGAAGAACAAGCAUAUGGGAAAGGAAUGUCGCUUUUAGAGGCUGGAUGUGUUGUAUCGGAGUUUGGAACGAGGAGAAGAAGAGAUUAUCACACUCAGGCUCUGGUAUUCCGCGGAUUGGUUAAGGCGAAGAAGGCAGGAGAAGAGCGACAGUUGACGGGGAAGAUUUCGGGUACGAGUAAUGUUCAUUUGGCUAUGCGAUUUGGUAUUCCACCUAUAGGAACUGUCGCACAUGAAUGGUUUAUGGGAGUUGCGGCUAUUACGCAAAACUAUAAAAGUGCUACGGCUACUGCAUUGGAUUAUUGGGUUGGAUGUUUUGGUCAAGGAGUUUUGGGUAUUGCUCUUACGGAUACCUUUGGUACUAAAGACUUUCUUCGGGUCUUUUCUCAAAAGAUCCCAUCGCUCACGACCGCUACCUCGGGAGCUGCUACUUUACCAUCGGCCGAUACACUCACGACUAAUGGAGCCAGUAGUACAAAGGCACCUCUGGAUGCAGCGGAAGACAAAACAAACGGGGACACUCCGACAUUUGCGCAAGCAUUCACCGGUGUUCGACAAGAUUCCGGUGAUCCGGAAAGCUUCGUACAAAAGAUGCGACAAUUCUAUGAUGAGCAGGGCAUCAAGGACAAGAAAACCAUCGUAUUUUCUGAUUCGUUAGACGUCGAGCUUUGUAUAAAGUACAAGCAAAUAGCCGAAGAAUCAGGAUUCCAACCUUCAUUCGGUGUGGGUACUUUCUUCACGAAUGAUUUCGUUCAUCAAACUACGGGCAAGAAAUCGACUCCGUUGAAUAUCGUCAUUAAAUUGAGUUCUGCUGAUGGCAAUCCAGCCAUCAAAAUUAGUGAUAAUAUUGGGAAGAACAUGGGUGAUGAGAGUACAGUUUUGAGAGUUAAGAAGGAUUUGGGUUAUAUAGAAGAAGAAUGGCGGGGAGGCGAUGAGACGACGAGAUGGGGAAAGGAGGGAGAGGAUGUUGUGAAGAAAUGA